AUGAAACAUCAGAUUGCCAUUACAUGUGUCUUUUGCGAUUAUGAGAGGCUAUACCGUAAUCUCCAGGUCACACCGCACUACCAUAUUUGCUGGCUGGCCGCGAAACAAAGCCCCAACCCAUUCUACCUUCGUGAUCUGGAGACUCGUGCGGCCGAACAGGGCUUUGAUGUUACCAAGCAGACGUAUUAUUGGAGUGGGGAGACUUCGGAGUGGUUGCACAAAGACUUGGAGCCUACUAGCAAUGCAAUAUACUCGCCCCUUACUCCAUUCUUUAUAUCAGAUAGCGGCCAAGCAGAAGGUACAUACUUUGAGUAUUCUAUGAGCUCUGAUAUCAUCGAACGCUACGUGUGGCAGCGGCCUGAUCUCCUGCACAAACUGGAGGUUAUAUGCGAAGGGUACUGUCCGGGAUCUAUAGAUUGGAUAGAGGACGAAGAGCUUCCGGAGGACCAGGCACUUGGGGGGACAGGGACAGGGACAGGAACAGGGGAUACAGCAUAA